AUGCCGGUCUCCCCCGCUCUCGCGUUCACCCUCACCAACGGCGGUGCGUCCCCUCCCGUCCCGUCGUCGUCUCCUCGCGCGCAUCGCGUUCCCCCGCAUUUAAUUCAACAACGACGCGAUCGAUCGUUUCAACGAUUCCGUCCCUCUUCCCCCUCCACCGCAGGCAACUACGCGUCGUGCCUCGCGCUCCCGCGCGAUCAAACGCUCCAGAUCUUCUGCACGCCCGCGUACCAGAAGAGCGGCGCGGUGAACCCGGAAGCCGAGGUCGCGGUGCGUCCCGCGCGCGACCGUCGCUCGCUCGGAAGUAUAUUCCGAAAUAUCUUCUAUUCUCUUCGUGACACCAAGCGUCCAUCCGUCGUCCCGGCCUCGCCUCCGACGUCGACGCCUCACAACCGAUCCCCGCCCCCGCUCCUCCUUCCUCCAGUGGCGCUUCAUGGGCGCGACCGGCCUCACCGCGUGCGCGGCCGCGAUGAUCGCGGACAAGGCCGCCUCCGGUCCGUCCUUUUCGCGCUCUCUCUCUCCGCUCGGCAUCCCGCGGUUUCAAAGUACUUUCGUACCUAUCAAACGCGAGCGCUCGACCGUAAAACUGACCGAUAUUUCGACUCGUCCUUCCUUACAAACCGCGCAGGAGACGCGAAGCGUAACCUCAACAUCGCGGUCGCGGGGACGUCGCUCGUCCACGCCGGGCUCUUCGCGACGAACACGACGAUGAAGGAGGACGUCCGCCCCGCGAUCAGGGCGCUGAACAUCGCGACGAACCUCGCCGUCGCGGGUCUCGCGAUCAAGGAGGCGGUUGGGAAGUGA